AUGUCUAUUCAAACCCCAUUAUGCAACCUCUUGAACAUUCAGCACCCCAUCCUGCUGGCAGGUAUGGCUCGUGCCUCGAGUGCACCUCUUGCAGCGGCAGUGUCUAAUGCCGGUGGGCUUGGAACCGUGGGCGGUUUGGGCUACACCCCCGAGCAGCUCUCGGAGAUGCUUAUUGAGCUCAAGUCUCUUCUUAAAGAGCCCAAUCUUCCCUUUGGCGUGGAUCUCGCCCUACCGCAAGUAGGUGGUGGUGCCCGAGCCACCAAUCACGACUAUACCCACGGCCAUCUAGACGAAUUGAUCGAAGUGACAAUCAAGCACGGCGCAAAGCUAUUCGUCUCAGCCGUGGGUGUUCCACCCGAGAAGACCAUCAAGCGCCUUCAUGAAGCAGGCAUCUUGGUGAUGAACAUGGUCGGAGCCCCAAAACAUGCGGAAAAGGCGCUGCAACGGGGGGUCGAUAUUGUCUGCGCGCAGGGUGGAGAAGGGGGUGGCCAUACAGGUGAUAUCCCAUUCUCAGUGUUGAUCCCCGCCGUUGUCGAUGUGGCGCGCAAGUACCGCAGUCCCUUGACGGGGCAGCCGGCAAUGGUUGUUGCCGCUGGUGGAGUCAACGACGGUCGGAGUUUGGCGGCCUCAUUGAUGCUCGGAGCAGCUGGUGUCUGGGUGGGAACACGAUUUGUCGCGUCGGAGGAGAGCGGUGCGAGCCGGAUGCAUAAGGAGGCCGUCGUCAAGGCGCAGUAUGGUGAAACACGUCGGACUCUGGUCAUCUCGGGGCGCCCGCUACGAAUGCUGCCCAACGACUAUGUCAAGGAGUGGGAGAGCCGUCCGGCGGACAUUGCGGCCCUGACGGCAAAGGGAGUGGUACCGAUGAUGCAUGACCUGGAAAACGACAAGGAUGUUGACAUGCCCUUCCUCAUGGGUGAUGUGUCGGCCAGUGUCAAGGAAAUCAAGCCCGCGGGAGACAUUGUCAAGGAGAUGGUCCAGCAGGCUAUCCAGGUCCUCAAGACUGGACAUGGGGGAGGAAAAAUCAAGCAAGCUGUAGGCCAGAAGCAGUCGUAUCCAGAGGGUCAAUCAUAG